UGUGUUAUAAGAGCUCCUGAAGUAGGAAGUGAAGGUGAUUGUGUACUCUAGAGAGCAUGGAGACAUCGGUGGAUCAGAAAAGCGACGGAGUCUCAGGAGUCUCAUACACCCUGAGUAACCCUCUGUUUGACAUGUCCCUCAGCAGGACUGAUCUCUACAGUUUCCAGCCUGAUGAUCUGAAGCCAGCAAGGCCCAGAAGACCGUGGUGUUUUAAUGUGAUUGUUGUUUACCUCAUCUUGCAGACCGCCCUGAAUGCCUUUCUCAUUUAUAAAGUUAUCAUGUUGGAGACUUCAUUGUCAAAUCCCAGGUUGGAGAAGCUGAUAUCCAGUCACAUCCCUCUGGAUGAACAGGGUGAUGACAACAUUCAAACUCUCCUCUACAACAACAGUCAAGAAACCAAGACCCUGGGGGGCUAUCUAUGUGUCCUGAAGAGCCAGGUCAAGGAGAGGUGUGGAGAAGAGGGUCAGCUGGGCAGGCUGCAGUCUGACCUGAACCUGCUCAACACCAGCACCCACAACCUGGAGGGCAAGCUGAAAACUAUUAGCCUCAUACAAGGACCUCCUGGUAUUCCGGGUACAGAUGGGCUCGCAGGCGCGCAAGGACAGAGGGGUUUCAAAGGUGACACUGGUGUUGCUGGCCCUCCAGGACCAAAGGGUGUAAUGGGACUCAAAGGACAAACUGGGGAGCAAGGAGUUGCUGGUGAAGUUGGUCCAAGGGGUUCACCUGGGCUCCCAGGGGCCCCAGGGGAUCAAGGACCAGGUGCAAAGGGAGAGAAGGGAGAACCCGGGGCCCAAGGUGUAAGUGGACCCCCUGGUUUAAACGGAACUGAAGGUCGUGUUGGACCACCAGGUCCCAAAGGAGACAAGGGAGACCAAGGACAAUCAACAGAGUUGACUGUACGUCUUGUGCCCGGGCAAUCCCGAGGUCGAGUUGAGGUGAAGUACAACGGAGUCUGGGGCACCGUGUGUGACGACAGCUUUAACACCGUGGAUGGCAAGGUGAUCUGUAAGAUGUUGGGCUUCCAAACUGCAGUUUCCACCUUCACUGCCAGUCCGGGGUCUGGCAGGAUCUGGCUGGAUGAGCUCCAAUGUUUAGGAACAGAGUCUGACAUCUUCAGCUGCCAACACAGAGGAAUUGGUGUUAACAACUGCCAACACAAUGAGGACGCCGGAGUGCACUGUGUCUAGACUCAAACCACACAGAUGACCAACAACAAAAAUAUAUUUCAACUGCUGUACACAGUUUGAUCAACAUGCAGUAACAAGUUACCUUGCAGAGAUCUGAGACACAUACACACAAACAUAUAAAUGUAUAUAUGCACACAUCACAUUCAUUUGACUCACUGGGGAUGUAAGCAAAGAACAAUGCCACAUAUUGUGGAUACUUAUGUCGAGUUCACAUCACAGAUGAUACACUUAAAUUAGUAAUAACUUAGAUUGUUUAAGCAGUUUCCUUUAAUGUUUGAUGUCACCUUUAUCACUUUUAUGUGGAAGCCCUGGGAGGCAAGUGAGAAAAUGAUCUGAUCUAAAAUUGUUUUCUCUCCUGUGUUUAUGACAUAAAAACAGGUGAUUUUUUUUUUCACAUUUAAAUUUCUUAUUUUUGCCUAAGUUUUACAACAUUAAAUCAUUUUAUUGUUGUUUGUUGUUUUUAAUACUUAUUUUAGCCACAAGAGGCUAAAGUGCACCACCUUCCCAUAUGCUAAAUAAAACUUAAAGAUUCA